AUGGCUGAUUCAGAAGUAUCAAGGCUCAAAAAUACGUCUAUUUUUUCUGCAAGUUUUUUUGAAAAACCAAGAAUCGAAUAUAAAUAUUACAACCAUGCACUAAAAAUAGAAGCAGGCUUAAAAAGAAUGAACCUUAUAUUAACAAUCUUAGGGAUGAUUUUUAUUAGUAUUCAAAUCCUUUGGGCUUGCAUUCUAUGAGCUCGCUUUGAUUAUCGAAUAUGCCAAAUUUUUAAAAAAUAUUUUAUUGCGAAAGUGGCAUCUGGGGUGCAUUUUUUGUAUAGGUGAGGAUCUCUAUUAAAGCAUCGAGAAGCGAGCCAUGCUAUGAAUUCGGCUCCAUUGUUCUUUAUAAUUAUUGUAUUUGAAAUAAGUGUAUUGUCAUUUGAACCAUCUGGUGGCAAUGGGCAUUGCAUGGUUUAUGCAGCUUUUUCUUUAUCAACUGAGCUAUUUUUAUAUUUUGUCACUAUUGCUUAUAUUUCAUAUUCAAAAAUAAAGACUUAUUCAGUGUUCAAUAACGAGCAGCUAUUCGAGUCUUAUGUAACAGUUUUGAGUAAAAAAUUGCUUAAAUUCUUUCCAAUUCCUGAUGACAUGGAAGGAGAAUACAACUAUCUAAGAGAAGAGCAAGAAAUUACGAAGUUAAGGAGAAAAAUAUCUAGGAAAAAAUACACUAAUUAA